CUGAGACAUGGCGGAGCUUGCAGUUUUGUGGGAGAGCUCUUAAAGAGUUGCGGUACUUUGUAGCAGUUCGGACGGCGAAGGAAUAGCGAAAAAUACUACAGAAAAGGGCUAAUGUAGUUGUAACUGCUUACGAUGGAAGCGGUCAAGAAAAUAGGGGAAAUGUAGGACUUUUGGGACGGUGGGAAAAUGUACUGCUGUUUCAUAGUGCAGUCAACAGCCUUAGGCAACAAAUAUGGCUACUUGUGUCUCUUUCAAUUUGCGAUGAAAAGCUGCUCAACUCGGCCAUUCAUUACAAUGGCUGCGGUGCCGAUUUCCUAAAAGUGACCAUCCAGAAGAAGUUCUUGCUUGAUCGUUUUUACGGUUUUGAAUGUUUCGCCGAGGAUAAGAGCGCAGAACGCAGCGAACAGCCAUGGAACCUAAGCACAAAGAGUUGUUAGAUCAAUGCCACCAGAACUUAUUGGAGUCCAUUACAGAUGCAGACCGGGUGGUAGAGUUGUUGGGGAAAUCUGGCACCCUAAGCCCGCUGGAGAGGUUUGAAUUGGACAAUAACUGUUCGACAAGCUCAGAGAAAGUGGACCUUCUCUUGAAGAUGCUGGUGAAUAAGGAAAGAGACCAUUUUCAGGACCUGUGUGUGGCCCUGGAAAAGACGCACCCACACCUGUAUUCAGCCCUCUUCUUGAACGGCGGAGGACCAGUGGACCAUUCCUCCGGCUCUACGUACAGCGUGUUGUCCACCAUGCCGUCGGACUCUGAAAGCAGCAGCUCCCUCAGCAGCAUAGGUACGACCGGUAAAGCCUCGUCCCCGCCCCCGGCCCUGAUUGACAACCGGCAGAUGAGCGAGAAGCUGGAGACCAUCCUGUUCCAGCUGCGUCAGGUGACCAGGGAGCGAGACGACCUGCGCAAGAAGCUGGCGCUGUCGUCCCCGGGAACCACCUUCGACGACUGCCGGCCGAACUCCAAGCCGAGUCACGACUACGAGAGGCUGAAGAUGCAGUGCAUGAAGGCCAUGGCCGACCUGCAGUCCCUGCAGAACCAGCACACCAAGACCCUGAAGAGGUGCGAGGAGGCAGUGAAGGAGGCCGACUUCUACCACACACUACACAGCCGGCUCCUGAGCGACCAGUCCCAGCUGAAGGAGGAGAUGGACACCAUGAAGAGGGACAGCUCCCAGCUCGUGCGCGAACACAACCACCUGAAGCAGAACUGCGAGGAGCUGAGGAGGCUGCACGACGAGGGCCAGAAGGAGCUGGCCGACAUGAGGCUUCAACAGCAACAGGUAUUGAGAGAGAACGGGUCAUCGGAGAUUCUCAACAAGCUCUACGACACGGCCAUGGACAAGCUGGAGGGCGUGAAGAAGGAGUACGAUGCACUGCGGAAACGGUACAAUGAGAAGACGGCCAAUCACAACACGGACCUGAGCCGGCUGGAGCAGGCGGAGGAGGAGAACCGGCGGCUGCAGAAGCAGGUGGAGAUGCUGAUGAAGCAGAGGGACACGGCCAUCCACUACCAGCAGCAGUAUUCAUCCUCCAUGAGGAGGUUCGACUCGAUGCAGCAGGAGCUGAACAAAACGGCGUCCCAGAACAAGGAGCUGCAGCGCGAGAUGGAGCGGCUGCAGACGGACGCCACACGCUUCAAGACCCUGCAGCUGAAGGCAGUGAAGGACUCGGAGAAGUACAAGGAGGAGCGCGACUCGGUCUUCAACGAGUACCGCCUCAUCAUGAGCGAGAGGGACCAGGUCAUCAAGGAGGUGGACAAGCUGCAGACCGGCCUGGAGGUGGCUGAGGCCAAGCUGAAGAACACGUCCUCCGAGAGGAAGGUGGCCAGCGAGGAGAUGGAGGCGCUCCGACAAGAGCUGAGUUCGGCUCUGGUGGAUCGCGACCGGGCCAUCUGCGAGCGGAACGAGCUGCUGGAGAAGUACUGUCACGAGGUGAAGGACAAAGCCGAGGCCCAGAAAGAGCUCAACCAGGCCUGCAAGGACAUCGAGACCGUGAGGGAGGAGAGGGACGUGGCUCGCAAGGAGAGGACCGAGGCCAUCAUCCAGAGAGACCAGCUGCUGCGGGAGUACUACCAGGCCAGACAGAAGCAGGACUCUGCCACGAUGGACAUGGAGCGGGCCAACAAGGAGAUCGAGAUGCUGAGGAAGCAGUACGAGGCCAUGUCCCAGGAGCUCAAGGAGGCCGUGCAGGAGGCCGAGGUGGCCAAGUGCCGCAGGGACUGGGCCUUCCAGGAGAGGGACAAGAUCGUGGCCGAGAGGGAGAGCAUACGGACUCUGUGUGAUAACCUGCGGCGGGAGAGGGACCGGGCGGUGAGCGACCUGGCCGAGGCCCUGCGGAACCUGGACGACAUGAGGAAGCAGAAGAACGACGCGUCACGGGAGCUCAAGGAGCUCAAAGAGAAGAUGGAGAACCAGUUGGAGAAAGAGGCCAGGUUUCGGCAGUUGAUGGCUCAUAACUCUCACGAUUCGGCCAUCGACACGGAUUCCUUAGAGUGGGAGACGGAGGUGGUGGAGUUUGAGAAGGACCGGGAGGACAUGGAUUUGAAAGCACUUGGGUUUGAUGUAGCAGAAGGGGUAAAUGAUCCGUAUUUGCCAGGAGAUUGUGGAAUUUUUGUUACCAAGGUGGACAAAGGAAGUAUUGCAGAUGGAAGGCUAAGAGUGAAUGAUUGGUUGUUGAAGAUAAACGACGUUGACCUCACCAAUAAGGACAGGAAGCAGGUCAUCAAAGCCGUCCUCAACGGAGGUGGAGUGAUCAACAUGGUGGUCCGCAGACGCAAGUCCUUGGGCGGAAGAAUUGUUACUCCCAUACACUUAAAUCUGGUGGGACACAAAGACAGCGGCGUCGGUCUGGAGAGCGGGGUGUUCGUGGCCUCUGUGGCGCCAGGAAGCCCGGCCGCACGGGAAGGGUCUCUCACGGUGGGAGACCGGCUCAUCGCCAUAAACGGAAUUGCACUAGAUAACAAAUCACUGAGUGAGUGCGAGGCCCUGCUGCGGAACUGCCGGGAGUCUCUCAGUCUCUCGCUAAUGAAGUUCUUCCCGCAGAGUUGCUCCGGGCAGAACAUUUUCGAAAACCUGCGUGACGCGGAGAAAAGCUCCAACUGCAGGCUCCACUCCUCGGAGGUGCACGUGCGCAACUGCCGAAACUUGAAACACAACAGCUCCACCCAAACGGACAUCUUCAACCCGGACGGCGGCGGGGGGGAUGGCAAGAAGGACCCCGAGGACGCGUCCCUGUGCCAUCGGGGCCCCCUCCCCCUGCGCCCGGGCCCUGAGCACAGCCCAGGGCCCUUCAGCGGCCCCGUGUUCCAGGAGCGCUGCUACGGGAGGCCCGAGCCCGACAAGCGGCAGUUCACCUUCGACCCCUCGGCCGGCGACUGCAUCACCGUGGAGACCACGCUGGAGAAGGGCCCCGCCCAGAAGCACAGCGGCGGCACCUGGCCCAAAAUGGUGGUGGGCGGGGGCUCGGGGUCGGAGACCGCCCACCUCUCCAUAUUCAAGGUGCCCAAGCAGAGGAAGUCCAUCUUCGACGCCGACACCUUCAAGAGGCCGGACACGCCCUCCAAGCUGGAGUACCACUCCCCGCAGGCCUCGAAGGCGGAGAUGGCGCAGGCCCCGCCCACCCCGCCCACGCGGAGCGACUCCUUCAAGUUCAAACACAAGCAGCAGAGCAGCUCCGCCUCCGACUCCACGGUAACCGCGGGCUCCCCGCCCACGUCCCCGGCCCAGUCCCCCUCCACCCUGGGGCCCAAGCCCGAGGGCCUCCUGGAGGGUGUCCGCGACCGCAACGGAAACCACUACUUCAUGGAGGGCGGGGGCGACUGCAAGGUCCUGAGCUCCAGGAAGUCCUGCGAGGAGGACCUGAGCAGGCAGAGGGGGGACGAGCCAGAGGUGAAGAGGCAGAGGCCCAAAUCUGCCCCCGCUCUGAGGCGCAAGAUGACACCCCUGCAGAUCCCCAUCCCGGCACUGCAGGUGCAGAGCUUCUCUAACGACGAGCAGUCUCCAGAGCCCGGAGAGAUGAUGCGCUACUCACCGAAACGCUCGCACCGGCACAGCGUGGGCUUCGCCCCUCCGGCGUACAACGGCUCGAUGGCGGCACACUCGGCUCACCGAGGCCUGGCCCCCUGCCCCGCGGUCACGGCCGUGAUGAGAAACCCCAUCUACACCGCCUGGAGCCACCGCGUCCACACCAACAACUGCCCCUCAGUGCCCAGCCAGAUCUGCCACCCACACUCCCACCCCAGUCCCCAGCAUCAGGGCCGUCUGAGUUUGGACCUGAGCCACAAGCGCUCCAGCGACUUCUCCGAGCCAUCCCGCAGCAGAACGCCUCACGGCACCAACUCCCUGCCCUCCAGCGCCAGACUGGGUUCGUCGAGUAAUCUGCAGUACCGCACAGAGCGGAUUAAAAUCCCAUCCACUCCGCGAUAUCCCCGGUCCAUGCUGGGAUCCGACAGAGGCUCUCUCUCUCACUCCGAGUGCAGCAGCCCCAGUCUCAUCACCCCGCCCCAGUCCCCGCUCAACAUCGAGACCUCCUCCUUCGCCAGCAGCCAAUCGCAGAGCUCCAUCUCCACCCUGCCGAGGAUAUCCGUCAGUCCUGUCCCAAUGGGAGAGCGCAGGAAAGACAGGUAUCUGUUCCGUAACAGAUCCUUUCUCAGAAUCCCCCUGGCUCCUAGGCCUAGGUUCUCCUCUCUCAGAAGCCUGAGGCCGUACCUGGAGGAGCCGCGGAACGUGAUCGUGCACAAAGGCGCCGAGCCUCUGGGCAUCUCCAUCGUCAGCGGCGACAACGGCGGGAUCUUCGUCUCCAAGGUGACGGGGGGCAGCAUCGCCCACCAGGCAGGGCUGGAGUUCGGAGACCAGCUGCUGGAGUACAAUGGGAUCAACCUGCGCAAUGCCACUGAGCAGCAAGCCCGGCUCAUCAUCGGACAGCAGUGCGACACCAUCACCAUCCUGGCUCAGUACAACCCACACAUGUACCAGCUGGGCAACCACUCACGGUCCAGCUCACGGAUGGAACCAAUCAGCAAUCAGUCGACUCCCCUGGGCAGUGGAGCCACGACCCCCGACAAUCACUCCACCAUCGACACCCUGAGCGAGCAGGACGAGGGCACCAUGACGCCCCCUUCCAAGCAGACCACGCCCACCAGCAGCCCCCGCAGCUCCGUCAGUCGCAAGCUGCGCCGCCAUCACCCCAUCACCCACGCCCGCGUCUGUCCCCGCAGGAUGUCCGGCGAGGCGGCCCGGAAGGUUCCGGAGCCUCGGACGGUGACCCUGCGGAAGACGCAGGUGGAGCUGGGGGUGCAGAUCUGCGGGGGGAACAUGCACGGCAUCUUCGUGGAGAAGCUGGAGGAUGACAGCCCCGCCAAAAUGGCCGACGGCCUGGCGCCCGGGGACAUGAUUCUGGAGUACUGCUCGGUCCCCAUGCGGAAUAAGACCGCGGAGGAGGCCUACCUGGAGAUGCUGAAGCCUGCGGAGACGGUCACACUGAAGGUCCAGCACCGCAUCGACGAGUUCACCGCGCUCAAGGACGCCCCUGGAGACGGUUUCUAUAUAAGAGCACUUUAUGACAGAGUUGCGGAAAUGGAGCUGGAGCUGAGUUUUAAGAAGGAUGACAUCCUGUACGUGGACGACACUCUACCAAAGGGCAACUUUGGGUACUGGAUGGCCUGGCAACUUGACGAGAACGCCCAGAAGCUUGAGCGAGGGCAAAUCCCCAGCAAAUACAUGAUGGACCAGGAGUUCUACCGCAGACACAGCAUGUCGGAGCUGAAGGAUGAGAACGGCUCCAGUAAGACCCUCUCGGCGGCCGCACGGAGGUCCUUCUUCCGCCGGAAGCACAAGCACAAACGCAGCGGCUCCAAAGACGGCAAGGACCUGCUGGCCCUGGACGCCAUCAGCACCGACUCCAUCCCCUUCCUGGAGGACUGUGUGAGCCUGGCCUAUCAGAGGGUUCAGAAGGUGGAGUGUACCGCCCCCAGACCAGUCCUGGUUCUGGGUCCGUUGGUAGAUGCUGUUAAGGACAUGCUGGUUAAGGAAUCCCCAGGGAAGUUCUGCCGAUGUCUUCUCGAAGUGAUGAAGGCUUCUCAGCAAGCAAUAGAGCGUGGCGUGAAGGAUUGCCUGUUCAUCGACUACAAGAGAAGGAGCGGCCAUUUUGAUGUGACAACUGUGGCUUCAAUUAAGGAAAUAACAGAGAAGGAUUGUCACUGUUUGCUUGACAUUGCACCUCACGCCAUUGAAAGGCUUCACAGCGUUCACAUUUACCCAAUCGUCAUUUUCAUUCGGUACAAAAAUGCAAAGCAGAUAAAAGAGCAGAAAGAUCCCGUGUUCCUGCGGGAUAAAGUCUCUCAAAAACAUUCCAAGGAACAGUUUGAGAUUGCACAGAAAACAGAACAGGAAUACAGCAAAUUCUUCACAGGUAUUGUCCAAGGCGGGAGUUUGUCCUACAUUUGCACUCAAAUCGUGACCAUUGUGGAUCAAGAACAGAACAAAGUUCUGUGGAUUCCAGACGGAUCGCCCUAGAAGUGGAGCCCGGCCGCUGAAGCCUGCAGCCUCGCAUCUAUGUAGAAAAAAAAAAACACUAAAACCUUAACUAAAUGAAGGGGUACAAUACACUGAACAAUAUACUCAAACCGUGAUUUGUUCACACGUUAUUACUGCAAUCGAUAUAACCUGUAACACAACGCUUAAGUUACACUUCUCUGCAGGCGUAUACAUUCGUAUAGCACUGACGUUUUCGUUUCCGUAGUUUUUAUUUUUUUCCCCUCCCUCCUUUCCGAACGUCUGAUUUUAUUAGUGAUGCUGCAUUUGAAACACUCGUUUACAAAAACAGACUAUUUUCAGAGUAUUUUUACGUAACGCUUACUUGAAUGUGUACUUUUCUCGUAGUGGUCCCGCCCCCCUGACCCCUUAGUCCCUCUCCCCAAAUAAAACUUUGUCACAGGGAUGACGUCGAUGCAUGUGAGUGAAGAGUUUACUGGCCGCAAGGAAGUGCCUUCAGAAAUUGAGUGUUUGACAACAGGGUUAUCUUGGGGGUUGGGUUUAACGUCAGAAUAACGUAAAAACAGUUCAGUUCAAUCCUUUACAGGACAGACCACUGUGUUUUAAUAAUCUCUUUAUUUCCGUUUCUAUGACCUUAACGUCUAAUUAACUAAUAACUAGGUCACGGACCUAGUAGAGUGUAGCAGUCGGUAGUCAGCUCUUAGCAAAGAUUAGCAUGUUUUUUUUCCUCAGUUUUAUUUUUAUUUGUUCGUUUUGUCUCUUUUAAUGUAUCUAUUUAAAAAGAAAAACAUCAUCCUGGUGCAAUUUUGCAUGACUCUAAAACUUUUCCUCGUUUAAUCUGUGUUAGUGUUAUAGAUUUUUUUAUUAUUUAAGUGGGUUUUUUUAAUUCAAGUAUGAGGCACAGUAAGUUAAAUGUGUAAAUGGUGAUUCAUUCGGUCUUCAAUGCAAUGCCCUCUCCCCCUCUGUAUGUGGUGCCAAACUCCAGUAUCUCCAUUUGUUUUGCUUUUGUUUUGCACUUGUGAAUCUGUGCGCCCUUCACACAGAGUUGCAUUUAGAUAUGGAAUAAUUUUUGUAUCAUGUUCUAGGUACUAUAGUUGUACUGUACAAGCAAGUGUACAUUUAAGUAUAUCACGACUGUUCCUGACAUUUCAUUAUUGCCUGGCAUACAAUUGCCUUUUAUUCUUACCUUAAUUGGAGAAAGUAGUCUGCUCCUUGUUUGAAAAAGGGAUGUGUUCUUGCACAGUUUUUCAAAGAAAAAUAUGUCCUAAAGUUUGACUAUUGGGUUAAAAGAUUAAGAGCCUUGUAAUUAAAAGUAAAUUUAAUGUCAAACUCUCACAGGAUUGCUAGCAUAAGAUUUUUCAUGUGAGGGACGAUGCUUUUUCUAGGCGUGGUUGGAUUAUGACAGAGGAUAUACAUGAAACAGACAGGUACUGUUCUGAUUGGGAUUUUCUUUAUUAAAAAUAUGAUUUGUAUCAAAUGUUAAGAAAUUAAUGAGAAUAAAAGUCAUUUUUCUGUACCACAAAA